AUGGAACCGGCGAGGCGUUGCAGCGGUAGUUCGCGGCUGCCGGAGUGCGUGCGGGCUGAGAGGCGGCUCAGCAUGACGUGCGUGGAUCUCAUCGGCAAGGUUCUACAUCGCGGCUUCCUCGACGGGGCUCGAUUGAGGCUCGCGGCUGACCAGAAGGCUCGUGACUGGGGUCUGUCGGGAUGGCUCGAGCGACGACAGCUGAACAGAAGGUCGCUGGUGAAAGAGGGGUCGUCGGGUGGUGCAGGUGCAGAGGUCGCAGCCCGUCGGUGGUCAUAUCUGCCAGAAAAUCGGGUGGCCCUGGCUCACCAUCUUUGCCUGCCUCUACUGCAAGGUCGCUGUCAGUGGCUUCUUCAAUCGAAGAACGGAACUCCCUCACCGGGAUCUCGCCAAAUGCACCAAAAAUUCGCCGAAACCUGGUGGUGA